GCGUACCUGUUACAAUCGAACAACCAAGCUCACUUUUAAACAUCGGCCAUUUUCUUAGGUCGGAUAUUACGGAGUCUGUAGUCUAAUGUUCCAUUGUUAAAAAAUUUCAAAAUUAGUGACUAUUCGGACUUCUAAGUGUAUGAAUUUCGUACGCAAACGAUCGGAAAUUGACAGUGCGUGAUAUUUAUAGAGAAAUAACGAUAUUUUCGGUAUGGCCUGCGCUACGUUGAAGAGGUCCUGCGAGUGGGAUCCAUUGAACACAAUUAAUGGCAAACCAGCUAAAAGGCGAAGAUGUGUCCCUAUGACAUUAUCGCCGGCCACUCCGCCGACAAGAUUACACGAAAUCCAUCCAUCACCGUUCGGAGAUGUUUCUCCUAAACUUACAUCAGAACAAAUAGCCACAAAUAUAAGAGAAGAGAUGAAAAGGCUACAAAGACGAAAACAACUUUAUUUUUCGUCUGGAGGAUCUAACACACCAGAGAGUUCGUCAGACUCUUCCAGCACGAAUAUAGUAAGUCCUGGAAGUGGCCUUUUAGCACCGUCAAGACGCGAUCAGCCACUUUUUACUUUCCGACAAGUUGGCUUAAUCUGUGAACGUAUGAUGAAAGAUCGUGAAAAUCAGAUCCGUGAAGAGUACGAUCGUGUAUUGACAACAAAAUUAGCUGAACAAUAUGAUACUUUUGUUAAGUUCACAUAUGAUCAAAUUCAAAAAAGGUUUGAAAAUGGUACACCUAGUUAUUUGUCUUAAACUACAUUGGAUAAUUCAGCAGUGGAGCACUAGAGUGUUGAGAAUUCAGUUGUAUAACUUUUUAAAUUCAGAAAACAUGAACAAUGUGGAAAUAAGAAUAAAAAAAAAUAAUAAUAAUAAUAAACUUUUUUGUUGACCUUACUGCAUUACAAGUGCGAACAUUAACAGGUGUUUUCUGUUUUUGCAAGGGACAUGUGAAUGUGCAAUGUUGCCUCCUAUAAUAUGCCUUGGUAACUUUGUCAUUCAGACUACCCGCUGAAGGCAGUUUAAAGAUGUGUCGUCGACGAACUCUGUGCUAACACUUUGAAUAACAGUAUGUAUAUGGAUCACGUAUGGAAGCUAGCUGUUGAUAAUACAGCAGAUAAACACAGCAUUGUAUAUUUUAUUUCUUCUUAAGAUAAUUUAGUAAGUGUUUUUCAUAGGGGAGAAAAAAAUCUAUAUCGUUCUCAAGCCAGAUUUGGCUCGCACAUAAUUGCAUCCCGUGUAGAUUUAAUUAUCGAAUAUGUAGUUGCAACAUAUGAAAUCAAAUUUCUGUUCGCCAGAGUAGUUUGAAACGGCUUCCAUUUCGGCAGAAUCAGGGCUUCACUUGUCGCUCCAAGUGUUAGAAUACUACUAUCAUUUUUUUUUAACUGUAUUUACUCUUCCUCUUAAUGCCCAACUAAAGGUAAAUAUAUAUUCUGUGAUGUGCCAUGAUUUAAAAUGUUUGGAAGUGUUUUUUAUCAUUGUAAAAUACUCUUCCAUCAUCAGUUUCCUUAAUUUAGUUUUUGUCCGUUCAGAUUGUGUUUCCUUUUGUUUUUUAUGUACAUCAAAAUUUGAUAAACAUGUAGCACAGAAACACAGAAUUAGUUUCAUUUUUGUAAUUUUUAAGUUGUAUAAGAAAAUUUCAGCGAGGACAAAGGAUAAGUUUUUGAAUACUUACAAAAUUUCUGUGGCAGCACCUGUGUUUUUAUGUCUUUGUAAAGAUUCAAAACAAUAAAAAAGAAACAACUCCCACGGAAGAGUAAAUUUUAUAUUUUGAUUAAAAUAUAAUAUAUGAGGGGAUUAUUGUAGAAGUUAAUGCGCCCAACUUGAGAUUUGUGAUAAUUUGUUGAGAGAUGUAAUAAGUACUUACGUUAAUACAGUGUAGAAAACUACUUGAGUUUUGGAAUUUCAGUAACGCUUAUAAAGCUUGUUUGAGAGGCUGAAAUUUCAUGUUAUCGGUACAUUUUUUCAUUAUAAAAAUUUUGUUCUUAGUAAAAUAACUGACAAACUAGUCAGAAGAGGUUUUUCAAAUGCUGAAAUUCGGUUCUCGAGAGUUCCGAAUUUGACAUUUAAUAUAAAGGGCAUUUAUCGAUUUGGAAAAAUUUGUUAACGACCCAAGUGACGAACUAAUCUUUUUUAUUUUGAAAAUUGUUUAUAAAAAA